CGAAGCCGAUAAAACCUACGGGAACCAAUCGAUAUCCUGUACAAGCGAAUCUUAUCUUUAUCAUGGUGGACAUUCGUACCUCGUGGCAGUUCCCCGAUAUCAUAUCUAGAGAUAUGAUCGAAAGUAUAAAUAUGAGCUGAUCGAUCGAUCGGGUCUCUAUCGAAGUGUGUGAAUCCAAUUGACUGUGGUGUGGAACCCAGCGUGAUGAGUGUUUCUGUCCAGGGCCCAGGAGAUGGCCUCAUCGCCUUCACGGUAACUAGCUGAUCCCUGUGCCGGAUUCUGAAAGUCGGUUAGUUAGGCUGUACGUCUGAGUUGGACAGGGGAUCUUGACAGUUUUACACUGCUGCCAGAUCUAUCUUUCCAGCUCAUACGAAGAGUCACUUCACGACAUCAAAUGAGACAAGAAUCAAAGAGGAGUCCAGUAAAGAUCAAAAUGCUGUUAGCGUGAAGGAUUAAGUGGAGGUGUGAUCUCUUCACUUUUUUUGUUUAAAGUGAGAUUCAACUCCUCCAACUUAAUCCUGAACUGCACAUUCAUCACAGACGAGGCGAUAUCUACCUAUUUUCAAAUAUAUAUAAUUGGGAUAAUUUAUGAAAAUAUGUUUGUCUUAAUAAAGUAAACUCACUUUUUUUAUAAUAAGUAGUUUUAUUGAGUUUUAACCUUCCUCUGCUUUAACGAUAUAACAUUAAAGAAUAUGAAGAUCCAGAAAUAAAAUAUAUUAAAUACAUAUUUUAUUAUCAUUUAUAAUUCAACUAGGUAUAUCCAAAAAUUAUCAUCAAAUCUAAAUAAUAUGUAUGUAGUAAACUUAAACUUUGGCGCUAGUGAGCUCUCUGUUCAAGGAGUAUUAUGAAAGACCUAACGUGGCAUAGACUAGUGCGAAGUGCAUCACAAAUCACUAAAAAAAAAUCACAACACCCAAAACAAAAAAUGGGCAAAAAAAUGUUGGUAACACCGGUGCGCUAAAAAAGCUUGCAAACUUCACGCACCUAACCUGCGCUGGACAUCGACUCGUCCGUAUCUCUAAACUCUGGGAAAAUGUAUAUUGAUUUUUCAAAGAAAAGUCAACCGAUGUAACAAAACACCGUUCGCGAAGUGUUUAUACGCGUUUAAAACCGCCGUGGUUGAUGUGCAGUGUCGUCGAAAUGGUGCGACGGUGUUUCACGUCGCGUUUUGAGUGAGAUCGGAGAGAGUGUUGCGUCGCUCGGCCGACGGCCCGGAGCCCGGCCGCGGCCAGGGCCUGGGCGCGCCAUGGACGCCGGCGCUGCUGACCCGCUGCGAGCGGCCAGGCCGGAGGAGGGCGAAGAAAAGCCGAAGCCGACCGAAAACCAAGACGACGGGUAUGAGACGAGCAACAGCGGCGAGGCGGCGCGCCGCAAGCCCUCCAGCGCGGAAGGGUCGCCCGCGCCGCCCGCCGAGCCUUCCCCGCCCCCCGACCCCCCCUACGAACCCCUAUUGCGUCACUACCCCGAGCCGGACGAGUCGUACAGACACUUCGAGCCCCCCGCUCCCCCUCCCCCGCAGCCGCCCCAGCAGGAGUACCAGCACUUCCCGUUCCCGAAAUACAAUGACCCGUACGCGUUCAAGCGGGAGCCGGACGCGCCCUACGACAUGAGCCAGCACCAUCACCAUCAGCAGCAUUAUGGGCCGCCGAAGGAAAGGGAAGACAUGUACAACGGCAUCAAAAGAGAAUGCGACGACCCGUACUCGUUCGUGGAGGAGGAGGCGAUGUGCGCGAUGUUGGGGCAACCCCAGCCCCACCACCAGAUGGCGCACCCCCACCACGAGCACCAGCUACACCACCCCCACCAACACCCGCACAUGAUGCACCAGCAGCAGAUGAUGCUGAACCAGCCCAAGAAGAGAGGGAGGAAGAAGAAGAUUAAAGAUGAAAAUGGAAUGGAAAUCAAAGCCGAGCCAGGGAUGGAGGGCGCGCUGGUGCCGCGGCCCGUGAAGGAGCGCAAGAAGCACGACCGGUUCAACGGGAUGAGCGAGGAGGAGGUGUCCCGGAGGACCCUGCCCGACCACCUGGCCGAGAACCUGGAUAUCAUCAUUAUCGGCAUUAACCCUGGACUGUUCGCGGCGUACAAGGGCCACCACUACGCCGGCCCAGGAAACCAUUUCUGGAAAUGCCUGUACCUCUCCGGACUCACGCGGGAACAGAUGUCAGCUGACGAGGAUUAUAAGCUAUUAAACUUCGGCAUCGGCUUCACGAACAUGGUCCCUCGCGCCACCAAAGGUUCCGCGGAUUUAACCCGACGCGAAAUAAAGGAGGGUUCCGCUAUCCUGUUGGAGAAACUGCAGACGUUCCGGCCGAAGGUGGCCGUGUUCAACGGGAAACUCAUCUACGAGGUGUUCUCCGGGAAGAAGGACUUUUGCUUCGGAAAGCAGCCCGACACUAUUGCUGGGACUAACACGUACAUGUGGGUGAUGCCGUCGUCGUCGGCGCGCUGCGCGCAGCUGCCGCGCGCGGCCGACAAGGUGCCGUUCUACGCGGCGCUGAAGAAGUUCCGCGACUUCCUCAACGGGCUGCUGCCGCACGUGGACGAGGCCGAGCUCGUGUUCCCCGACACCACCAGCCGCCGCCCGCAGGAGGAGAUGGAGAUACGCAGGCUCACCAUGGAGCCCGAGCCCGGGGACACCAUCAUCCUGGAGGACGGCACGGAGGUCCCGCUGAAGAAGAAGCGCGGGCGCCCCAAGAAGGUGAAGCUGGAGAACGGCGAGGUGGCGCCCGCGCCGCCGCGCGCGCCGCGCCCGCCGCGCGCGCCGCCCGGGCCCGACUCCGACCAGCCGCCCAAGAAGAAGCGCGGCCGCCCCAAGAAGAUCCGCCCGGAGGAGCAGCAGUUCCUGUUGCAGCAGCAGCAGCAGCAGCAACAGCAGCAGCAACAGCAGCAGCAGCAGCAGCAACAACAACAGCAACAAGCGGCGAUGAUGCAGCCCCAGCUGCCGAACAUGCCGCUACAUGACCAGCCGUACAUGCCGCACGGCGGCUCCGAGUUCCCCCAGCAGCUGCCCUCGCCCCUCGGCCAGGGCUCCAUGAUGUACCAGCAUCAGCACCAGAUGCAGGACGGCGGUUCUUACUUCCCCAACAACGGAGGCGGGCUGGAGAGCGGGCUGGAGGCCGGGCCGCUGGGGCUCCAGCGGGGCGGGUACGCGUCCCCAGGCGGCGGCGGGUCGUACACAGCCUCGCCGCGGGUGUACGCCUCGCCCAGCGCCUACAGCCCCGGCCACGCCACGCCGCAGUACCCGUCUUCGCCGGCGGCCUUCAACGCGGGCUCGCCGGCCAACCGCAGCGCGAGCCAGUUCGCGGCGCGCUCGCCGCUCUACUCGCACAGCCCCGCGCCGCAGCCGCGCUACUCGCAGUCGCCGCACGCGCACUACUCGCCCAUCACGGCGACGCGGCCGUACUCGCGCUCCCCCGCGCCCGCCGGCGCCGGGCCGGGCGUGGGCGCCGCGCCCGCCGCCGGCCCCGCCGCGUCCCCCGCGCGCCACAGCUACACGCCCUCGCCCUACAGCCAGCACUCCUCGCCCGCCUCCGCCUGCGUCACGCCCACCUACACCGACUCGCACCACUUCACGCAGUGUGACGCGCGCCACAGCUACACGCCCUCGCCCUACAGCCAGCACUCCUCGCCCGCCUCCGCCUGCGUCACGCCCACCUACACCGACUCGCACCACUUCACGCAGGUCAGUGUCCGGCUGCAGGUGGACCAUCAUCAGUGUGACGCGCGCCACAGCUACACGCCCUCGCCCUACAGCCAGCACUCCUCGCCCGCCUCCGCCUGCGUCACGCCCACCUACACCGACUCGCACCACUUCACGCAGGUCAGUGUCCGGCUGCAGGUGGACCAUCAUCAGUGUGACGCGCGCCACAGCUACACGCCCUCGCCCUACAGCCAGCACUCCUCGCCCGCCUCCGCCUGCGUCACGCCCACCUACACCGACUCGCACCACUUCACGCAGGUCAGUGUCCGGCUGCAGGUGGACCAUCAUCAGUGUGACGCGCGCCACAGCUACACGCCCUCGCCCUACAGCCAGCACUCCUCGCCCGCCUCCGCCUGCGUCACGCCCACCUACACCGACUCGCACCACUUCACGCAGGUCAGUGUCCGGCUGCAGGUGGACCAUCAUCAGUGUGACGCGCGCCACAGCUACACGCCCUCGCCCUACAGCCAGCACUCCUCGCCCGCCUCCGCCUGCGUCACGCCCACCUACACCGACUCGCACCACUUCACGCAGGUCAGUGUCCGGCUGCAGGUGGACCAUCAUCAGUGUGACGCGCGCCACAGCUACACGCCCUCGCCCUACAGCCAGCACUCCUCGCCCGCCUCCGCCUGCGUCACGCCCACCUACACCGACUCGCACCACUUCACGCAGGUCAGUGUCCGGCUGCAGGUGGACCAUCAUCAGUGUGACGCGCGCCACAGCUACACGCCCUCGCCCUACAGCCAGCACUCCUCGCCCGCCUCCGCCUGCGUCACGCCCACCUACACCGACUCGCACCACUUCACGCAGGUCAGUGUCCGGCUGCAGGUGGACCAUCAUCAGUGUGACGCGCGCCACAGCUACACGCCCUCGCCCUACAGCCAGCACUCCUCGCCCGCCUCCGCCUGCGUCACGCCCACCUACACCGACUCGCACCACUUCACGCAGAGCGGCAGCAAUGGCAGCGGGUCGGGCAGCGUAUCGGGCUCGACGCAGUUCCCCGGCGAGCUGAGCUCGGAGAUCGGCGCUGCGAUCUCGUCGCCGCCGCCACCGUCCCCCGCGCUAGAGUUCGAGCCUCCGCGCCGCGCGCCGCGCUCCCCCGCCACGCCAGCCGCGCCCGAUGCGCUCGCCGACUACAGCAAGUCAAACCCUGGCGGUGGCGAGAUGUCUCCGGCGGGCAGCGUGGGCGGUCUGUCGAGCGUGCCCGCUCCCGCGUUCGGCCUUUACGACCAGGAGCAGCGGCUCCCCUACCACAUGCACCAGCCCAGCCCAGAGGAGAAGGACCACUUCCACUACCCGAGGGAACAAGCACCCAGAGGCGGCGGCGUGGAGGAGAGUCCUCGGUUAGACCAACUGCAUCAGCAUCCCUCCAUGUACCCUAGUGAUUUUAACAGGUCGAGCUCCCCCGGCGCGGCGGAGCAGCAGUUCUCGCCCGCCUUCCGGCCGCCCGACCCGCCCACGCCGCACGACGACUUCCAGCACAAGCCCAAGCCGCAGGACGUAGCAUCGAAGUCCCUGUCCGGGCUGGAGUCGCUGGUGGACCAGAUCCCGUCGAUCGCGGAGGGCGGCGCGGCCGAGCAGCCGCCCGCGCCCGCGCAGCCCGUGUCGGCGCUGCCCGACUACGCGCCCGCGCUCUACCCGCCCUACAGCUACGGCGGCGCGCCCUACGGCAACAACGGUUACGGCGCGCCAUUCGUCGGGUACGGCGGCGGCUGGGUGGCCGGCGGCGCCACCGUGAUGCGGCCCACGCCCGGCUACCUCGCCGACUGGCAGUACGGCUACCCGCCGCCCGCCUACAGCUACAACCCGCCCUACUACAACGUGCCGCCCUCCCACCAGCAGACGCACUACCUGUCCGCGCCCCCGCUGAUAGACCUGCACAAGAACGGCGAGCAUCCCGCCGGAGUGCCCGCCGUGCCCUCCGUGCCCUCGGUCGGCUUCGGCGGCUUCUGUUAGCCCUUACUCUACCCUACGGUCACGGACUAUUGGUAGCCGACGGUGAAGUGAUCACACCCAGUGAAACUAUCAUGAUUCGGGAGACGGCUGAAGCAAUGAUAUUCACAAUGAUUGUGGAUAUAAAUGUGUGAAACCAAGAUUGGAACUGAUAUUUUGUAGAUAAAACUCGUUGACGUGUGUCAAGAUUCGGCGCUUUUCGAGCGUCGUCCUAAAACGCGGGACGUUUGAAUUUGGAAUUGUUUCUUUUUACUCGGGAGCGGGCGCGCGGAUCUCUGAUAUUAAAAAAAAAAGUGUUGACCGCCUCUAUGCCCGCGGUUGUGGCGGGAAGUUAGUCAAGUAUUCGUAAUCGUUUCGGAACAGAGCUUAAUUUCGUAGGGUUUAUUUGUAAAUAAUGUACUUGUGUGUGGCGGACGCGGGCGCGUGGGCGCUACAUCGGCGGCAUUACAUCUAAUCUUAUUGUGAAUUUUUAUGUAUAAAAUCUCGAAUUGAUGCAUCAUUCUACACAUUUUAAAAGCGCGAUAUUUGAUACAAAUAUAUUUGAAACAGAACGAACGAAGAUAUAAGAUAUCAUGGGAUCAAAUUCAGGAGCAUAUUAUUAUGACUUCUAUCUAAUAAUAAACCUAGACUCAUGACAAAAAUAAAUUUAAAACAAAAAGUAAGAUUAAAAAAAAAUAUGACAUAACGUCGCCGUUUCGCGCCCUUUUGUCUGUGAUCUCGGCCCGAAGCGUACUCUUGCCAACGUUUCGUUCUAGUCACUAACUAAUUCGUGUCGGCUAGUCAAAUUUCCAAGCAAACCCGCGCGCCCGCGCCGCCAUCUUAGUCAGAACGGCCUAUGUACGAUUUCGUUAGUUUAGUUUUCGUCACUUUAAAUUUUAGCAUUUUUGAGUAAAUUCACUGUGUAUGUUUAAGCUUUUAUACGAAAGUUUAUUCGCUAAUGAUACAGUACACACAUACUCUUGUCAGUUUAUAUAUUAGGAAAAUUAAUAUCAACUUUCAGAAUUCCAUAAAAUAAAAGAAAAAAAAAACAAUCUUUAUGAGAUUAGAUAUGUAACUUCUCUACUUUGGCAAAAUUAUAUUAAUAUCCAAUGAAUCAUUUGUAAAUGAAAGCGAAAGAACGUUCGUAUGAAAACUUUAACAUCCAGAAGAGUGUUAAAACCGCGCCAGCUCGGCCGCCCGCUGCGUGGAGCCUCGCGGCGGGCGGGCGACGCCGUGGACAACCCUGCAUUUUGACCGUCUGUGUGAGCCGUGACUACUUCGUGAUGUGACAAACGUUGGCUUCAUAUUGUCAUACCAUCAAAUGUUUCAAAAAUAAUUAAGUUGGUGGUUCAAUUUUAUUCUUAUAAAUUUAUUAUAUACAAUAGAAAUAUAUGAAUAAAAAUGACUAUUCUUAUCUGCUUAUCAUGUAUGAACUCAAAACUUUGUCUUACGUGUCAGAUAAACAAUGCCACCAAAAACUUUGUCUAACCUCUUUAGAAACGGACAAUCACAAAUUGUUUUUAAUAUUUAUGUGUUCCUAAAGUGAAGUUAGCUGACAGCUGUCAUUUCGCGAAGCAUUCACUCUCGCGUCGACGAUUUUGACUUGUUACCGAUCAGUUACAUAGCUUCGGAACGCUAGUGAUAGCAUAAUUUACUUAAGAUUAUUAUUAAAACUUAUAUAUUUUUAUUGCGCCGUGUACAGGCCGAGUGUCGCUUCGCACUAAGUUAAUUUAAGUCUUUGGUGAGUACACAAAACGUUGAGAGUACAGACAUGUAGUUGACAAAUGGAGUUUAAUGCAUAUAGCUUAAUGCUGUAUUCUGAAUGUUCUGUGGUAUGUUGUUGACAUUUUCGUUUCCAUUUUUGAUGGCAAUCUUGUAAAUUUUCCCGGUAAAUCUUGUACAAAAUUCUCUUUAAAACUUAGUGAAAUUGAAUAAUUUUCUUUGCACAAACAAACAAAUCUUAAUGUAGGCUAAAACGAAAUAACAUACGUAAUAAAGACAUAUACGUUAAUGAUAGGGUUAAUUGAAAGAAUUUAUAUGAUAGUGAUGGUUUACAGCGGGGGUCGCUGUCGGCCGGUCGCCGUGCUCAAUGCGGCGGGGGCUCGAGUGCUCGCGGACGGAGGAACUAGAGCAAUAUCUGAAAUUGUUGUCUUAUACAUUCAGACUAGGGUUAAGGACAAACUGGUUGAAGUGGAUGGACAGAUCUCUGCUAUAUGCAGCGUUGUUUAUUAGAAAUGACGCUUCGUGCAGUUGAGCGUUUUGUGUAAUAUUUAUAGUUUGUGUGUGUGUGUGACUCGAGAGCACCCCCGCACACUCGCGUCGCGCUUGCAAUAUAUUUCGUGAGAGACGAUCUGUUUCUGUCGUAUUACUUCUAAUUUAGUGAUCUUCAUUGAAACACCUAGAUAAUCUCAAUUCUUAGGAGCGUUUACUUACAUUUCGAAAAUUUAUUUGUUUUAAUAAAAUCAACAGGGUAUAAGAUCGCAUAGGAUUUUUUUAUUUUAUAUUUAUUAUGUAUAUGUAUCGGUGCGUCGCGCCAGCGCGCCGUCGUUUAGUGUUACUUUAGUUGUCGGUCCGACGGGCGGCCGAGUCGGACGCGCGGCCGUCCGACCCCGCCCGGGCAAUAACGUUGUAUGUUAACACUUGCCUUUGUAUAUAAUGAGUGCUUUAUUACGCUUUUUUGAUAUUAUAUUUUAUUUAAAAAAAUAAUAACUACAAUAUUUCUAUAUUUUUGCUUUUGUACAAUAAUCGAAUCGUUUUAUUGUGUAUAUUGUAUGUGAUGGGAAUUUUUUUUCGUAGGUUAAUUUUUUCGCCGCUCGGUUUUCGACCACCUUGUAUGUUAGGAGCUGUUCUCAGUCUGUGAUAUAACUAUCUCAUCUGAUCGUGCCGCGGCACUCAAUCUAUGUUUAACCCAUAACGCGUCCUAGUUCCUAACCGAGGCACUAACGUAAAACGGCACGAAGCGUCCUAGUUCCUAACCGAGGCAAUAACGCAGUCUGUUGUCUUUGGUAUUUUUUUUCAAUCAUUUAAAUAUCAUUGGUCCGCCCAAAACUUCUGUAACAACCAACAGAAAGUCUUUGUCCUUCGUUUUUUAUUUUUUAAACCAAUGACAAUCAACAAAAAUUUUGUAAAUAAGAACAUAUUCGUGAGUGAAGUACGCGACAAGACAAGUGCCUUCCGCCAUUACUGUUUUUAUUGUGCGGUGUGUAAAAUUUAUUAGCGGAAUUAUGUCAAAAUCUUUUAGAAGGUAAGUGUUUGUUUAAUGUAUUACAUAUCAAAUUACAGCUUAUUAAAUAACCUAUUUAUUAACAUUAUUUGUUCUGGCCUAAAUUUAUGAUUUCAUGUCGAAAAAUCGACAUCACUUUUACGAACUGAAAUCGAACUACGAUCGACAAUGUUUUCAUUCGUUUUCAUAUUUAUUCUAUCAAACUAAGUACCAUAUAAACUAUAUAAAGUUUAACGUAAAUUUACUCAGCUCUCUGGGUUUUUAAUUAAUUCUGUUGAACUAGUUAUAAUAUAAACAAUAAUUCGUAAUUAUGUGAUUCCGAUCGUCCAUAUUUUUCAUUGCAUGGCAUUGACCUUGUAAUAAUGCGAUCGCGAUUGAAGUCGUUUAGACA